AUGAAGCUGGGUCUAAAGCCGAAGAUCAGAAGCAGGAUGCUAGGAACAAUUCAGGACCAGCUUGUCCCUGCCAUUUUUGCCUCCAAACAGCUUGUCAGUGUCAUCUUUGUCACCAAACAUAUUAAACUUGAAUAUUAUACACAUUUCCUGGCUUUUAUCUUCACCAUCGAUGAGAUAAACAGAAACCCAGACAUUUUACCUAACGUUACCCUGGGAUAUUAUGCAUUUGAUUCCUGCGGAUAUGUGAAUAAAGCCAUAAACAACGUGAUGCAGAUAAUAUCGGGACGCAUCAUGCAGGCUCCCAAUUAUUUCUGCGACAAACACGGCCAGGUGGUGGGUUUUAUUGGAGACAUUGGUUCCCAAACUACCAUCGCUGUGGCACAAAUGUUGAAUCUUUACGGUUACCCUCAGAUCAGCUAUGGGGCUACAGACUCUAUACUAAGUGACCGAAGGCAAUAUCCUUACUUUUACCGAACAGUUCAGGGGGAUGAGAUCCAGUAUACUGCAAUUUUAAAGUUAUUGAAACAUUUUGGAUGUAACUGGGUUGGAAUCGUUACUACUGGAGAUGACAGUGGAGAAAGGACAUUGCAGUAUCUGACCAGAGAGACCCCUAAAUACGACAUCUGCAUAGAGUUCUCCAUUUACGUUACAAAAGAAGGAAAAUAUACUGACUACAUUAACAUUAUUCGGAAAUCUACAACUGAGAUUAUCAUCAUUUGUGUAUACGCCAUGGCCUGGGCAUUGAAUGGCAUUGAUAUGUCACUGCUUAAAGAUUCAACAGGAGAACGAUUAAGUAGAUACAGCUACAAAGCGAAGCUGAAUAACUACCUAAAGAACGUUCAUUACAAAGACAGCACCGGCAGUGACAUUUAUUUUGACGAAAAGGGAGAACUUCCAGUAAAUUAUGAUAUUAUUAAUCGGAUAAUAAUAUUUGAUGGGGAAAGAAAAGAGAAAAUCCUGAAUCAGGUGGGCACGUUUGAUCCAUCACUUCCUGAUAACCAGCAAAUGCAUAUUGAGGACUGCAAAAUAACUUGGAAAAACGACAGGAUGCCUCGAUUGAGGUGCACGGAAAUGUGUCACCCAGGAUUCAGAAAAGCAAUAGGAGAAGGAUAUCACAUUUGCUGCUAUGACUGUAUCCCAUGUUCAGAAGGAGAAUUUUCCAAUGUAUCAGACAGCGAAGACUGCUCCGAGUGUCCUGAAAAUGAAUGGCCUGACCAAAGGAAAACCAAGUGUAUUCCCAAAAUACUGGAGUUUCUAUCCUAUGAAACGGACAUUUUAUCUAACGUUUUUUGUGUUACAUCUAUAUUCUCAGUUCUUGUUACUACUCUCAUAAUUGCAAUAUUUAUCUCAUUCCGAGACACCCCCAUUGUUAAAGCUAAUAAUAGGAACCUGAGCUUUGUCCUCCUGGUUUCCCUCAAACUGAGCUUCCUCUGCGUGUUCUUGUUCAUUGGUCGCCCGUUGGAUAUAACCUGCAUGAUACGUCAUAUUUCCUUUGGAACAACUUUUUCCGUAGCUCUGUCUUGUAUGUUGGCCAAGACCGUCAUGGUUUGUAUCGCCUUCAAAGCCACAAAGCCUGGCAGCAUCUGGAGAAAUUGGGUGGGACUGAAGCUGUCCAAUGCUGUUGUCUUGGUCGGCUCCUCUGGUCAGGUUCUGAUCAGUGUCAUUUGGGUGUUACUCUCUCCCCCAUUUCAGGAAUUAGACAUGCACACAUUCACUGGGAAAAUCAUUGUUCAAUGUAAUGAAGGGUCUCUCUUGGCCUUUUUCUGUAUGUUGGGUUACAUGGGGCUUCUGGCAGCUGUGAGUUUUGUUCUAGCUUUCAUGGUACGGACUUUGCCAGACAACUUUAAUGAAGCCAAACACAUCACAUUCAGCAUGCUGGUGUUCUGCAGUGUGUGGGUCUGUGCUAUACCGGCCUAUCUGAGCAGCAAGGGCAAAAACAUGGUGGCUGUAGAGAUAUUUGCUACCUUGGCUUCAAGUCUUGGAAUUGUAAGCUGUAUAUAUCUCCCAAAAUGUUAUGUUAUUCUGUUUAGAGCUGAACUUAACACUAAACGACAUCUUUUACAUAAAAGCUUUUCAUAA